AUGACCAAUCAAAUCAGUCGCAAUUUGAAAAUGGAAGAAAUUCAGUAUCCUCUUCAUCAACACCACUCAAAUGAAGAACCAAAAGGGAAACGAUUGCCAAUUCAUAAAUAUUUUCAAGUCAAUUUGAAAAGAUUUCUACUGGAGACAUCAUUGAAUGGGUUGAAAUAUGUUUACGAUCGUGAUAGGAAUUUGUGGGAGAGGGGUUAUUACCUAAUCUCAUUCACCAUUGUUUUCACCUCUGGCAUUUAUAUGGCCAAGUAUUUCCUAGACAAAUGGCAAACUACUCCGGUCAUAAUUAGCAUGAGUUCUAAAACGACUUCGAUUCAAGAUUUACCUUUUCCCACGGUUACAUUUUGUAAUAUGAAUCAGGCCCUGCGCAGAAAGGUGGGAAAGUUUCCAAAAGAUUCUCCUGACUAUGCUCUACUGCAGAAAUUAUGUUUUCAAAAAUAUAAUUAUUCAAAAUUUCGUGAUUUCAAGCCACGUUACGAGGGAGAUACCUUUGCCAAUUUUAUUACAAGGAACGCCCAAACCUGCGAAAAUAUGAUCAUAUAUUGUAAAUUUGGUCCAACUGUAUUUAAAUGCUCCGAUCUCUUUCGAGAAGUCCUUUUGGAUGAGGGCAUGUGUUGUGUAUUUAAUCAAAUGCAUCCAUUCUUUCUAUUUAAAGGAGGAAUAAUUCGUGCUUACACAUCAUCGAAUGGUCGCACCACAAUACCCAUAAAUUGGAGUAUUGAAGAAGGCUACAAAAAGCCACUGCCACAAAAUUUCUAUCCACGCCCGGCACUGGGAUCUGGUGUAUCAAAGGGACUGACUGUCAUCUUAAAUGCUGAUGUUAAUGAUUAUUACUGCAGCUCCACUAAUGGAGCUGGUUUUAAGAUGCUCCUGUAUAAUCCAAUCGAUUCGCCACACAUCAAAGACACCGGUUUACCCAUAACCCUUGGCCAUCAGACCAGAGUUCGUAUCAAUGCUAAAAUAAUGGAAUCUGCACAAAGUUUACGCAGUGUCAAACCACGAGAUCGUCAAUGUUACUUCAGUGAUGAGAAACCGUUGAAAUAUUACAAAUAUUAUACGAGGCGUAAUUGUGAAAUGGAAUGUGAUUCAGAAUUUGUUCUCAGUGUAUGCCGGUGUAUACCCUACUAUAUGGCAAUGGUGGAUAGAAAUGCCUCAAUUUGCUUCCUCAAAGAUAUGGAAUGUGUUGAAUGGGCUGAAGGAUAUUUGGUUAAAGCUAAAGCACGUUCGUGUAAGGAACAUUGUUUGGCCGGAUGUCAAGAAGUGACAUUCUUCCCCGAUUUAUUUGUAUCACCAUUAUCGCAAAGAAAUUACACUCUAUUGGAUCCAUACUAUUUGAAUGUUUCGCACGAAGUUAUGGAACGAGAUUUGGCUCAGGUACAAUUCUACUAUCAAGAGAAUUUCUUUCGUGGUAAUACGAAGGUACCAUAUACUGGGGUGACGGAAUUUUUAUCUCAAACUGGUGGUGUCAUGAGUCUCAUGGUUGGCUUUAGUGUCAUCUCCAUUGUGGAAUUUUUUUAUUUCGCUUUUUUGAAAUCAUUUUUUGAUGUGAGACUACGCCGCUUACCCCAGAAAAUUGAUAUUAACGAUGAUUUGGAGGAAUACUCAUCGGAUGAUAGUGAAGAGUCUACAAUGGAUAAAUUUCAUCAUGAGAUGCUAUUUAAUCGUCGCAAAAUUCUACAGAAUCCUAUAAUGAUUUGGAAUAGGGAUGAUUUGGAACAAUACCAGGAUAAAUAUUAA